AUGGCUGUCGUCCUCGUUGCUGGUGGCCUUGGUGAUAUGGGCAAGCUCAUCACUGAGGCCAUUCAUGAUAUUGGCAAGUAUGAGGUAUACGUUACCUCUCGCAGGACGGAUUACAACUCUGAGGACUCCCUGGUUGAGCUUCUGGACAAGCACAAAAUCAACACCGUCGUUUGCACGUUCGCCCUGGAUUUCCAAGCGGCCAGCGACGCCCAAAUCACUCUCAUCAAGGCUGCCGAGAGGGCAACCAGUGUCACGCGGUUCAUUCCCUCCGAAUUCAAUGUCGACUACGACCAGGAUGACGAUCUUCUCCCGUACCCGGACAAAAAAUACCAUACUGUUGCCAGGCGUGAGCUAGAGAAGACGACUACUCUUGAGUACAGUUACAUCUACCCCGGCAUGUUCAUGGACUAUUUCGGAAUGCCAAAUAUAUCCACCCACCUCAGGGAACUGUGUCUCUUCGUGGAUCCAACGAAUGGCGUCGCGCUUGUACCGGGAGAUGGAGAGACAAAGAUGGCCACGUCUUAUACCAAGGAUAUCGCUAGGUAUACCGCCCUUGCCCUCGGCCUGGACAAGUGGCCUCGAGUUAUGACCACGGCAUCAAGUACCGUCACCAUCAACGAGCUAGUAGCCUUAGUCAACAGGAAUCUGGAUACUCCUCUCAAAAUUACCUAUCAGCCUCUCUCUUCCCUGCUGAAACACCAGGAUCGUACAAUGCUGCCUCGAAACGUGCCGAUCGCCGAGCACUUCCCUGAAGGGGUAGAGCAGCUCAGUGCACUCCUAGCGGAUUUGGGUGCUUCUGUAGCCCUUGGAGCGUACGACUUUUCGCGCCUGGAGGGUCAUCUUGACCUGGUAGAGCACUUCGCAGGGGAAACAACCCCGCCAAUGAGGAUUGAAGAGCUGCUGGACAUGGCGUGGGGAAACAAAUGA